CACACACACACACACACACACACAGUGUCCCGCAGCUGGAAGAGUUUCUCCGCGCUGUGAUGAGGCUCCGUGGCUCCGGAGAGCGGCGGAGGGAGACGGGAGAGACGGCGGAGGAGGCGCGCGGAGGCCGUGGAGGGGCUCCGGAGACGGAGAAACCGAGAGAGAGAGCGAUGGCGGCGGGAGGAAUCACCACGCUUCCCGCUUUACCGGAGGACGGCGCCAGCGGAGGCUUUCCCCCGGUGAACUUCAAGGAGCCCAAGCGGCUUUACUGCAAGAACGGCGGCUUCUUCCUCCGGAUCCACCCCGACGGGCGAGUGGACGGCAUCCGCGAGAAGAGCGACCCGCACAUUCGGCUGCAGCUCCAGGCCACGGCCGUCGGUGAAGUGGUGAUCAAAGGGAUCUGUGCGAACCGUUACCUCGCCAUGAACGCGGACGGACGACUGUUCGGGACGAGAAGAACAACAGAUGAAUGUUAUUUCCUGGAGAACCUGGAGUCAAACAACUACAACACGUACCGAUCCCGAAAGUAUCCCGACUGGUACGUGGCUCUGAAGAGAACAGGCCAGUAUAAAUCGGGCUCGAUGACCGGCCCGGGCCAGAAGGCCAUCCUGUUUCUGCCCAUGUCAGCCAAGUGCUGAUGGAGAGAUGCUGUCAAACACAAACCAACCUUACACCGAGACACGAUGAGCUCAUCCGGGCCGGAAAAACACUUCCAUCUAGGAACGCUUCCCAAAGAGAAGCACUUGGAGAGGAGUUCAGGGUUUAUUAGUUCGUGUUCAAUCACCGAUAUCCUCAGAAGAGACUCCAAAUCCCACCGAAACCAUUCUUAAAUACUCUUUAUUACUCCACUAUAAUUACUCGAGCAAAGGCAUAGGGUUGGUUCGGAGAGUCACUGAUCUCUCGCAGGAAUGUUUUCCGUUCGGCUACAAAAUGUGAGUUGACUCUAAUGCUGCUUCUUUAUGGAAAACGCUCGUAUAUGCAAGUAUUUCUAGACUGUAUUUUAGAAAAGGGAUUUGUAAAUGCAAAGGUUUGCUUCGAUGAAGGGAUUCAUAGUACACCGUGAAUGUUUUUCGUAAAACUUUAUUCUGUUUCUCAUAUAUAACGUCUUAGCUGAGAAGAACAGUCAUUGUGCGAGCGACAGUAAGAUUAACAGUAACAGUCUUUUGGGUUUUUUUUUGUUAAUUUUUCUAAAAACUCAAAAGGUCCAGGCAGAUUAUGUGAGGUAGUGUAUUAUAAAGUUAUCAAACUGGUCCAUCUGCAACACACUCUUGGAAAUAAAGGAACAUUUGAGCCGUUUUUAAAAUACUGCAUUCAUUAUAGCACCUGAAAUAAUUCUGGUGUGAAUCUCAUGAAGAAGUCAUGCGUAAAAUACAGAAAUUUAAGUCUUUCUUCUUAGUGCUGUUAUUGUGAAAAAUGUCCAGCUAUUACAAAUAUUAUUGUGAUAUAUAUUUCAUUCAAAGGUCAUUUAUAAUAUAUACACAAUUGUAUUUAAUUAUAUGUUUUUGCAUGUCACAGUAAGUAAAAACAUGGCUUCAUUUUCAUUAUUCAAACAUCUCUGUUUUGAUUUUUAGGUCAAAUAAGACCCAGAUAUUUCUUAGAUAUUUUAAAGAUCGAGUCUUCGUGAGAUUUAAAGCAUUUCCAGUUCAUAACGUGACCUUUAUUUUGAAGAGUGCCUUGUAAAAAUUAAUAAAUCAAAAUGUAUUUUUGCUUUAUUUUCAAGUACAAAUACAUUGUUUUAUUUUUGUCAGUACACUUAAAAAAAAAAAAAAAAUCAGGACACAUUUACAGAUACAUAAUGACCUUAGAUUAUUAGGUUUUGUUUUCUGAAAAAAAAAAAAUAUAUAUAAUAAUAAAAAUAAAAAUCAAGUUUUCUGAAAAAAAAAAAAAAAAAAAAGAGGAAUCUUGUUUUCCCUUUAAAUAAAGUUUAUUUUUUUCGGACCCCACUGAAUUUAGGUUUUAAGCAUAUGCAUUCACGUAUUUUUCAGAAAACAAGACUAGCCCUGGUUUCACAGACAAGGCUUAAGCUAAAGUCUAAAUUUAAGAGAGCAAGAAACUUGCACUCACUGAUCUUAAAAUAUAUCAGUCUUUGUUUGGAUGCACAUCUGUAAUAUCUUUUUUUUCUAAGGCACGCUUAUAAAAACACUUUACAUAUCCUAAUUAAACUGUGUCUUAGUCUAAGCUCUGUCUGUGGAACCAGGCCUAAAUGUCUCAAGCCACUGUGCUUCUCCAGUAAAUGUAUCUUGAUUGUACUGUACUGAAACGGUUUAGUGCGGUGUGGAGUUGCUCUAUGCCGUCUCUGGCAGUCGUCUGUGGUAGAGCUGAUAGAAAAGGCCGGAGUAAACGGCCGGCAUCUGCUCCAUCGUCAGGUCGAUGUUCUGGAAGCCGUUUUCCAGUCCGUACAGCAGGAGUCUGGCGACGCGGCUGGUGACCGGCGUGCUGUCGCUGGUCUGGGCCAGUUCAGUCAGGUCCAGCCAUUCGCAGCGCAGACACUCGUGAGGGCAGAAGUCGAUGUGGAAGGAGAGUGGCCGGAGUCUGCAGAUCAGGUACAUGUCGGACAUCCCGAACGCUCCCGGAUGAUUGUGCUGCUGACGGACGCUGAGGAGCGAACAGAACUGAGAUCGGACGCCCGUUUCCUCAAAAACCUCCCGGACGGCCGUCUCGCCUGAAAUAGAGCGUCCAGUUAGAAUAGAAUAUAAAAUAAAACAGAGCAAAUAUAGUGUAAUGAUAUUAAUACAAACAGUAUUCUUCCACCAAACAAUAUAGUUCCGCAGAGACCGUUGUGGUUGCCGAGCAACACACGGAUGUAAACAAAGGUGUGUGUUUGUAGAGUAAUAUACAACAGCUUUGAACGCGGCUCAGCCAAUCAGAAUCAAGGACUGAAACUAUCUGUUUUUUAUAAUCCAAAAUAAACUCUCCAAUCUCUUUUUUGGAGAAAGCUUUUGUGAUCUACGCAAGGAUGUAAUCGAUAACUAUUUUGUUUAUAUACAAGUCAUUGUUUGACAGAGAAGGCAUAUUUUUAUUUGAAGAAAAGUAUUUUAGUAACUGAAUGUCUUGAGAGUCUCAUAUAUUAGAUGAUGUUCUUAUAAAUGUAAGUUUCUGCUUUUACUGCUUUAGCCUCGUGUACAAGAACAUUCUGUUGUGAUUGAAUUUAGAUUCAGUUUAACAUCAGUUCUGGAUCUGAAUCUGAAUCUUACCGAUGUUUUCUCCAAGAUCUGACAGACCACCGGGAAACUUCCAAGCAUUCGUAGUCUGAGAAGGGAAGAAAAGUCAUGUUUAACCCGUGCAUGUUAUUUUAGCUGUACACUUAGCUGUACUUCUUAGAAAUAUAUUUUUAUGGAAAUUAGUCAUUUUAUCUUUCUGCUAUUUUAUCGUUUUCAUUCCACAUUCACAGAUUAUCUAAAUAGUAUUUAUAUAUAUCAACACAAUCUCAAAUAUUUUCAUAAAAAUGUUGUCUUGUAGGGUUUAGAUUUGAGAGAGUACAAAGUAUUUCCAUAUUGAGUUUUAAAAGAAUAUAGAAAAUGCUGCUAGUUAUGAAUGAAACAUUGAUUCUUACUCGAGUCGUUUUUGGUCAAUUAAAAAUAUAUAUAUACAGUGUAAUGUAACAGCUUUGAAGGUUUGUGACAUGAAAAUCUUCUGUACUAUCAAUAAAAAUCAACCAGUAUUUUUGUGGGCAA